AUGGAGCUCACCUUAAUAGCCAGAGUAAAGGACGGUUUGAUUUUAGCCACUUCGAUAGAAGGCAGUGAUGGCGGUGACACAAAUCUUGUCAAGUAUUCAAAUCAGGCGAAAAUGCUAUUUAAAAAACUCAACAACGCUCCGCAAAUGCAGUCUAUCGAAAGUGGUCCUUAUAUGUUUCACUAUGUUAUCAAGCAGUCCAUAUGCUGCCUUUGUUUGUGCCAACAUGCCUUUCCACGGAAACUCGCUUUCGCAUAUCUCGAAGAUGUUUCACAAGAAUUUCUGAAUCAGAAUGCUACGAGGAUCGACCAAGUGGCUCGACCGUACCACUUUCUUGAAUUCGACCAGUACAUACAGCAGGCUAAAAAGAAAUAUGUGGACAGGAACAGGUACGCCAUGUCUGCUGUGUCGAAUGAGUUGCAGGAUGUUGCUCGUAUUAUGGUUAGCAAUAUUGAAGAUGUAAUUCAUCGCGGAGAAGCAUUAAAUAUUCUCGAAGCGAAGGCCUCUGAUUUAUCCGGUAUGAGUAAGAAGUACAGAGAGGACGCCAAGGCCCUGAACAGGAGGUCCACUUUUUUCAAAGUAGCAGUAUCGUUAGGAAUCUUCGGAAUCAUACUUCUUAUCGGACGAUUUGUGGUUUUUUAA